ACGUCAUUUCCUGGUUUCUCGGGCGCCAUGUUUCCUUUCAAGAGUAGGGUGAGGAUGAUGAUGUAGUACAAACAAAAGAAGUUGCCGCCGAAUAAGAUACAUAAUUCAGUAACACUUUGUCAUUUCUUGGAACUGAAUAUUUGUUCAGAAGAGUCCGUAGGUUUCACGUUCGGUCCAAGUGCAUCGAAUUGCGCGUGUGCUGCAGUGACAGUGAACAGCGCGCGCCUCUGGAUUGGUGAAAGUAGACAGACACCGAAGCGCGAGCUCCCUCCUCCAGUACGCGAAAGGCAAGGGAAAAUGUUGCAACUUCCUGUGGGCAAUUUGGAAAAAAUCAGAAAAUCAAGAAAACGAGUAAAAGAUGUUCUCUGUGAUGUUGGAUUUGAGAAUUGCAAAGACUUGUUGAAUGAGCUCCAGAGGUUUGAUGUGGGAGAUGAAGCCUUUGAUAACACAGACUGGUUUGACUUCACUGAAGGGUACCAUGGAAAAAGGAGAAAAAAGUGGCGGUACCGUACCCGGGGACUCUGCUGCACCCUGUGUAGGUUUUCAGCACGCUCCUGGAAUGGCUACAGGUCCCACAUGCGACGCUAUCAUGAAGAAGAGCAGGACAUUGGAGCGCUGUCGAUUUGCUCUUGCUGCUCAUUUGUCGCCCAUCCCAAGGUGGUCAUCGAGCACUUUAGGAUCUUCCAUCCUGAUUCAAUGAAGAGCCCAAGUGCUCCCAUUCCUCCCACAGGGGUGACAACCACAAAAGGACUCCCGGUCAUGGUCGACACCACUGUGACUGGAGACAGGUACUCAUGUCGAAGGUGUGGGUACCAGGAUUCAUUGAUUUACUGCAUAAAGAAGCAUGUCUUUGUGAAUCACUACUCCAAUCUCAUGAAUCGCUAUUUUGGGCAGCGGACAGAUACCGAGAUGAAAAUUACUAAUGGUGCUCGCACCUCCAAAUUUUACUGCAAGGUGUGCAGCGUGCCGGCUGAAAGCUCGGACCAUUUGAUCUACCACAUCUUGACCUCAGAAAAACACAAAGAAUUGGAGGUGCAUAUCAAAGCCUUGAUAUAUGAACACAGUAAAUUUGGCAAGAAGUACUUGCAGCAGAAGCUCCCAAGCCUCGCUCCCAAGGUCACCCAGCAAAAUGUUUACAAUGUUCCGCUGGUCCAUGGGGCCAGUGCCACGCAGCUCGGAGGCACGGUGGCUAGACCCCCCUUUUCAGGCACUGUGCUGCGGGGCACCCCUAGCAACACAACCACUGUGGUGUGUACCCCAGCGACUGGUCAGGCAUUCCUCCCAGGACAGACUUCUACUGUAGUACGACUGGCUAAUGUAGAAGCCCAGAGUUUGCUAAGAACCGGUCAGGCAGUAGCUGCCCUGAAAAAUGCCCCACUCCCUAAGGGAAUUCCUGCCGGAGGUGUGGCUACUACCCUUGUUCGGGCACCGGUUGGCACAUUGCUGCCAACUGUAUCUCAAAAUGGUCCAAAACCAAUGCCAAUCACUGUGGGGGUACCCACACAGACACAGCAGCCACGACAGGUCCUGCUUCCCCCUGGUGUUCAGGUCAGUGUCCAAGGUAAGCUGGCCCUGCGAGGCCCUGGACCACAGCCCCUGCUGGUGACACAGAGGCUCCCAGUGACUCAGUCCACCUCACGCGGCACUGUGCUCACCACCCAGUCGCUUUUCAGCCAUCUGAUCCCCACUGGAAACAAAGUCAAUGGCCUUCCCACCUACACUCUUGCACCUGUCCAGGUCACAGUACCGGUCCAGUCCAGCAGUGCCCAAGGGACUGGUAAAGGACCUGUGACAGUAGUUCAAGGCAGUACUACAACCAUUACACCCCAACAAAACAAGCCACUGACAGGAGCUGCUCCUAGCACCACUAUUCUUUCUAGUACCACUGUGUCCAAACAGACGCAGAAGUGGGUAUCCUGUCCUGUUUGUAAGGAGCUCUUCCCUGCUGAUGUACACAAAGUCCAUAUGGAGACUGCUCAUGGGCAGGUUCCAGUGAUGAAAAAGGCUAAAGUGCAUGGACUAGCUGCUCGGGCUCCCUUUUUGAAAAAAGUCAACAGUAAAAUUUUAAGGUGUUUGACUUGUAACAUUUCUCUGUCUGGAAAAGGACUCUUUGAACACCUGUUGCAUGGUCUGAAGUGCUUGCAUUGCCCUGGAAUGUUCUAUUCGAUUAAGCAGCUCCUGGAUCACACAGCCAAGGAGCACAGCACUUCGCAGUUGGCCAAUCGGAAUUUCAUGAAACAGGAGUAUCAGCUUCACAUUAACGAUCACGGCGACCUUCUGGUUCCACACUUUGACAUAAACACAACUGCUCCCAAAGAGCUGCUGGGAGACAAGGAAUUGAACCUAGCGCUGGUCACUGUCUCUCUUGACCUCAUCUAUGUGAAGUUGCUACCUGGUUCUGCUCAACCUGUGUGUCGAACACCCAUAAAAAGUGUCCGUGCUGAUUGCCCCUUCUGCCCUGAGAAGCCACAGACUGUGGAGGAUUAUGAACUCCACCUGAAGACAAAACACCACAUUGUGCCCACCAUUCACGCCAUCUUGAAAUCCCCUGCUUUUAAGUGCGCGUACUGCUCUGGGGUGUAUACUGGGAAGACCACACCCCAGGCCAUCUCUACUCAUGUGCAGCGUUGCCGCUGUGCACCCAAGACUGCCAAGGAUGUGGAGAGAUUGAUUAACCCUGACUCCAAAAGACAAGUAGUUGCUGUGAAUGGAGGCGUCUCACAUCCUGCUACCUCAAAAGUUGUCACUCUGGUGCCUGCCUCCAAAACCUCUGACACAGAGGCCCAGAUUCAGAGCAGGUUUGAGGCAGCAAUGAAGGCAGCAUUGGAGGCUAACAAGCAGGAGAGGGAUGCCAGAGCAGCCAAGCGCAGCCAGUUCAGAAACUUUCAAGACAGCGUGGUAGGAAGUGAGGGGACUUCUGAAACAUCAGUCAGCCUGCUCCUUGAUACCACUGGGAAGGAAAUGCUGUCCUUUGAUGAACGAAAGAAAUUUCUCACUGACUACUUUAACAAGAAGCCCUACCUGACCAAGAUGGAGAUGGAAACAUUAGCAGCCCGCCUGUGGUUUAACAAGACCGAUGUGGCCUGUCACUUUGGCACUAGGCGCUCCAAAUGCAUGCGGGCGAUCCAGAAGCGCAAAACUGUGGUUCUGCUAGGGUUCAACAUGACAGAGCUGAAGAAGGUGAAGCAUAACAUUCAGAUCCCCGUUAAAGAAAAGGAAAAGCCUGCUGAAAGGCCAUGUGUGUAGAGGGUCAAUCACGGAAAGUCAGUGCGCUUGGGUCAUGCCAUUUUGUUGAAGCACUUUUGACUAGAUCUCAAGAACUUUUACCGAGGAGAGACUAUAUUUGAUUUUAAAUUAUAUUUUGUAGAAUUUAAGGCAAUACUUCCUUGCCACUAAAAUGUAUAACAUGAGCAUCUUAUUCAGUUCCCUAAGUAAUGUAGACCAAUAGGAAUGCAUUUAUUAACAGAAAUAUAUAUAUAUAUAUAUACUGUUGAAAAUUGUUAUUGAACUUGUGUAAAUUUGGAUAUGCAUAAUUGCUCUGGCUGUGGGCUUUAUUUCCUUUUCACAUUGAACUUUAAAGGAACGAAUAGCUGAAAAGUUACAUAAUAGACGGUUUUAAAGAAUGAAGGGUCCUUGACCAUCACAUUUGGUUGGCUUAUUUUGUCAUUCAGUUAAAUUUUGUGUAUAUAUCCAGUUUUAUACAUGGAUUUGUGUUCCUUUUGUGUUAUUUUCAUAAAUGCAAACUACUUCAAUAUGUUUCAGAUGUGUACAUUUAUUCUUUGUUUCAAGUGUCCGUUCAGUUUGAAUGUCCUUAAAGUACUUGUUCUGUCAUUUUUAUUUCAGAUGAUACUGUAUUCUAAACUGAGGCAUCAUUGAUCGUAUAAUUGAGUUUAUAAAGUAAAUGAAUUAAAAAGUUUUGAAAUAUGGCCUGAUUUUCUGCCAGUCUGUAAACAUCCUGUGUCUACUAUUCACUUUGUAUGCAUAUUUAUUCUUGAAAUCUUUCAAGUCAAACAUAUUCAAUGGUAAUACUCACAAACAUGUUCAAUGGUAAUACACAAACAUUUUCAUAAAAAUGUCCCGGUUAAACUGGUUUAUCUGUAAACACAAAUGGACACAGACCUUGCAAUGCCCAGGUCAGGCAUCUCAAAUGCCUGUAGGAUCAGCAUUCACAUGUUCUUCAUCAAUACUGCUUAUUUGUGCUGUAAUUACAUGUACUAGUGUGAUGCAAUGCAAAGAUUUUACGUGUAAAUGAUUUAAUAGUUUUUGACGUCUGAAUUAAACUCAUGGCAUUGAUCAAAUUUAAAUAUACAAUUGUUAAAUUGAUAAGGUCUAGAAAUAGUUUGAUACAUUUUUAGUCUGCAUUUAUAUAAUGCACUGCACCACACUGAAAAAAUAUGCAUAGCAUUGUAGUAUAAUGACCCCAAAGCUUGCCAUUUAUAUUUAAGGUUACACAAAACAAGUGGCCCAGGGUCAGAACUGAGAUGGGUGAAUUGCCACACAAAGCAGCAAUGGCAGCUAGACUAUAGACAGACUUGGGUUAAAUACAUAUUUGGUUAGGAUUCAAAUAAUUUUCUGUGCUCUACUGAUCUUGCCUCAUGUAAUUGAGCCUGCCAAUAUGACCAGAAGGUUGGGUCUGCAAUUUUCAUUGAGUAUUUCAUUGGUUCCAAUACACCGGACAAGAUCAAUAAAGCAUAGAAAAAUAUUUGAAUCCAAAACAAAUACAUAUUUGACCCAGGUCUGACUAUAGAUACAGUAGGCCACACUGCAACACUGGAAGGGACAUGUUCUGAUGGGUACAUGCUCAAAGAACAUUAAUUUUAUCAUAAUUAUGAUAAAUUCAACAUUUUCCAUUGAUGAAACUCCUUAUAUACUUUUCAUAAUAAUGAAAGUGAUUGCAUGAAAUACACGGAAAAAAAACAAGGCAGCUGUCUUGGUUAAAAUAUGGGGGUGGGGCUCCAGCAGGUCGAAUACAUCUGGUAUCAUUUGCUUCUCCCUUUGUAGAAGACUCAAUGUGUCGAGCACAGAUAUGUCGAUCAUUUCCCGUGAUUGGCGUCAGGUUAUGGGGUACUGAGACUUCAGUACAUACCACACAUUAACAGACAGUCAUGUUCACUUCAAUAAAAUCGAGCUAUUUCAGAAAAUGCCUUGCUCACCAUCAGCGCAGUAUGCAUUUUGGAAACAAAUUUAUCGGAGAAUCUGCGAAAACGCAGUACCACCAGAUUCUACAUAGAAGGCGAGAGCACCCCUCGACAGAAAACGGAAAGCUUGUUUUAGGUUGCUGGAGCAGAGUGGACAUCCACACGUCUUGCCUUCAGUAUGGCAGCAAAAAUUUAUUCAAGAAGUUCGCAAAUAAAUCGAA